AUGAAUCAACGCGUCGAGGACGAGAAUGAUGAAUUGAUGAACACAUUUUCUUAUCCUUCACCUGAAGCUGGUGCAGCUGGUGGUGGAGGUGUUGCUCGACGUCAAGCUGGAGGAUAUACUGAAGAUGCAAAAGAUGCAGGUAGCAAAGCCGGCACAUCAGAAGUAGAUGCUCUAGUAGUACAACAAGCCCAAGUAGAACAAGAUGACAAUGAGC